AGGCGGGGAAAAUACAGGCUCUAACGGAAUACAUCCACUUUCCAGAAACAUUUUUUUUCUGCGGUGCUAUCCGGCACGCGGCAGCAACUUCCCCCGUGAGCAUGCACCGUGAUCGCGAUCAAAUCCCUGUGUGUUGAAGGGGUUGCUGAUAGGCAUGUGUGAAUCAGGCACCGAGAACGUAUCAUUGUACAUACUGGGAAAGACUUACGAUGCGUUCAUGACAGAACCACCCAGCGUGACGAUUAUUCUUUGGAAGGAAUUCUAAUAAUACUAAUAAAAUACGGAGCUCGCGGGUUCUUAUCGAAAGUGUGCUUUUGACUGGCGUUGCCGCGGAUUACCUUUUUUUUUUUGCAGCUUUUCACUCAAAAGAAAAUCAUUCGCAAUGCUGGGCAACUUGUGUAGCGACAUACUGGAAUUUUGCUGGAGUAGUUGAAAGACUGAUUUCCCUCUCGCGUCCGCGGAUCCGUCUUGUGCUCUCCAUAACGCAACAAUGAAUGCGCCCGGUUCUUGGAACAAAAUACGCAUCGAAGCCGACUGCUAGGAAACGCAAAAAAAAAAAAAAAAAAUCCGUAGACUUCAACGUCAGCCACCAAAGACAGAUUGGCAUUGGCAGUCCCUAAACUGGGUUGACAUUUGUUUCCCCCAAGGAGUGAAGAAUUUGCUCCCAAAACCGAGCAGGGUUACUAUGGUAUCAUGGGUUGGCUAGAGGUCAUCUUUUUGUGCGGAUUAUUACACGUUCCUGUCGGCGGGUCCCGUGUACGCCAGGAGGACUCCCCUCCCCGGAUUGUGGAGCACCCCUCCGACCUGAUCGUGUCCAAGGGGGAGCCGGCCACCCUCAACUGCAAGGCGGAGGGGCGCCCCACCCCAACCGUGGAGUGGUACAAGGACGGGGAGCGGGUGGAAACGGACCGGGACAACCCCCGCUCCCACCGCAUGCUCCUCCCCAGCGGCUCCCUCUUCUUCCUCCGCAUCGUCCACGGGAGGCGGAGCAAGCCGGAUGACGGGAACUACGUCUGCAUCGCCCGCAACUAUCUGGGGGAGGCGGUCAGCCACAACGCCUCGCUGGAAGUAGCAUUGCUUCGCGAUGACUUCAGGCAGAACCCCUCGGACGUGGUGGUGGCGGCGGGGGAACCCGCCACCCUGGAGUGCCAGCCCCCCCGCGGGCACCCCGAACCCACCACCUACUGGAAGAAGGACAAGGUGCGCGUCAGCGACCGGGACGAGAGGGUCACGAUCCGGGGAGGGAAGCUGGCGAUAUCCGGCACCAGGAAGAGCGACGCUGGGAUGUACGUGUGCGUGGCCACCAACAUGGUGGGGGAGCGGGACAGCGAGGCGGCGCAGCUGUCCGUGUUCGAACGGCCCACGUUCCUACGGCGACCGGUCAGCCAGGUGGUCCUGGAGGAGGAGGGGGUGGAGCUUCGCUGUCAGUCAGAGGGAGACCCCCCGCCCACCGUGCGCUGGAGGAAGGACGACGCGGACGUGUCCCGCGGGAGGUACGAGGUCCGGUACGAUAAGGAGGAGAGCCUGCUGCGCAUCCGGAAGGCCUCGGCGGGGGACCAGGGCACCUUCACCUGCGUGGCAGAGAACCGCAUGGGCAAGGCCGAGGCCUCCGCCACGCUCACCGUCAGGGCCCUUCCUGUGGCGGCGCCCCAGUUCGUGGUGCGGCCCCGGGACCAGAUCGUGGCGCAGGGGCGCACGGCCACCUUCCCCUGCGAGACCAAGGGGAACCCCCAGCCCGCCGUCUUCUGGCAAAGAGAGGGGAGCCAGGACCUGCUGUUCCCCAGCCCCCCCCAGCAGCCCAGCAGCCGGCUCUGGGUGUCGCCGGGCGGGAACCUGACCGUGGCGGAGGUGCAGCGGGCCGACGCCGGCGUGUAUAUCUGCCAGGCCCUGACGGUGGCCGGCAGCAUCCAGGCCCGCGCCCAGCUGGAGGUCACCGACGCCCUGACGCACCGGCCCCCGCCCAUCAUUCGGCAGGGCCCGGCCAAUCAGACGGUGGGGGUGGAGGGCGUGGCAGUGCUGAAGUGCCAGGCGUCGGGGGAGCCCCCGCCCACCAUCACCUGGCUGAAGGACGGGGUGAGCCUGCUGGGCACGGACCCCCGCCUCACCCUGCUGGAGCCGGGCAGCCUGCAGAUCCACGGGACCCGGCUCUCUGACUCUGGGAUGUACACCUGUGUGGCAUCCAGCUCCAGUGGGGAGACGUCGUGGAACGCCUACCUGGAAGUGCGAGAAACGGCCGAGGUGACGGACUCCACUGCCCAGGACUCUGAGAACCUCCCCGGGCCCCCCUCGGACCUGCAGGUCACCGACGUCACCAAGAGCAGCAUCUCGUUGUCCUGGCAGCCAGGGCCCGAGGGAGGCUCGCCCGUCUCCGCCUACGUCAUCGAGGCGUUCAGUCAGCUGGUGAGUAACAGCUGGCAGACGGUGGCGGACCGCGUGAAGGACACGCGCUACACCGUCACGGGGCUCCGCCCGAACACCAUCUACCUGUUCAUCGUGCGUGCCGUCAACGCCCAGGGGCUCGGAGACCCCAGCGCCAUGUCCGAGCCCGUCCGCACGCAAGACAUCAGCCCCCCCGCUCCAGGUGUGGACCACCGCCACGUGCAGAAGGAGCUGAGUGAGGUCAUCGUUCGCCUGCACAACCCCGUGGUCCUCAGCCCGACCAGCAUUCAGGUCACAUGGACGGUGGAUCACCAGUCCCAGUUCAUCCAGGGGUACAGGGUGCUGUACCGGCAGACUUCGGGGCUGCCCUCCCCGGGGGCGUGGCAGUCCGAGGACCUGAGGGUCCCGUCGGAGCGCAGCCUGGUGCUGUCGGGCCUCAAGAAGGGCGUGGUCUACGAGAUCAAGGCCCGCCCCUAUUUCAACGAGUUCCAGGGAGUGGACAGCGAGUCCCUGACUGCACGCACCACGGAGGACGCUCCAAGCGCCCCCCCGCAGCAGAUCACCGUCCUGACCGUGGGGAGCCACAACAGCACCUCCAUCAGCGUGUCCUGGGACCCCCCUCCCCCUGACCACCAGAACGGCAUCAUACAGGAGUACAAGAUCUGGUGCCUGGCGAACGAGACCCGUUUCCACGUGAACAAGACGGUUGACGCGGCGAUCCGCUCGGUGGUGGUGGGGGGGCUGCAGGCGGGGGUGCAGUACCGGGUGGAGGUGGCGGCCAGCACCAGCGCCGGGGUGGGGGUGAAGAGCGACGCCCUGCCCAUCAUCAUCGGUAAAGAGGUGAGGGACGGGAUGGCAGACGCGGAGGGGGCCAGCAGCCUAUCAGACGUGCUGCGGCAGCCGGCCUUCAUCGCCGGGCUGGGCGGGGCCUGCUGGAUCAUCCUCAUGGGCUUCAGCGCCUGGCUGUACUGGAGGAGGAAGAAACGCAAGGGCCUGAGCAACUACGCAGUCCAAUCCUUCACCUUUACCCGUGCAGUGACGUUUCAACGUGGCGACAGAACGCUGCUAGGCAACGGAAGGCCGGGGCUGCUGAAAGCAGGGGACCCCAGGUUACCCUGGCUGGGCGACUCCUGGCCCUCCACCAGCCUGCCCGUCAGCAGCAGCGCCCGGGGCAACAAGAGCGUGGCCAACUUCGGCCGCGGGGACGUGCUGCCCGUGGGGGGGCACAGGGAGAAGACGGGCACUAUGCUGUCGGACGGCGCCAUCUACAGCAGCAUCGACUUCAGCGGGAAGGCGGCGUACCGCAUCCCGGGCGGGGCGGGGCAGGUGGCCACGCCCUACGCCACCACGCAGAUCCUGCAGUCCGCCAGCUUCCAGGAGCUGGGCGUGGCCCCGCCCGACCCCCGCUGGAAGGCCUCGCUGCAGCCCCCGCAGCAGGACAGGGGCACCCUGGGAUACACGCUGAGCGACGCACCCUGCAGCAACACACUGCUUUUCACUUCUGACUACCGAUUGGCCGAGGGCUUUUCUGGUAGAAUCCCACACAACCAGUCACAGGACUUCAGCUCCUGCGGCUCCUUCAGCAGCUCAGACCGAACCCUCUCAGACGGGAAGGGGAAGAAGAAGAAGAUGAAGAGCAAGGGUCCGAGGAACGGGGGAUCGUGCUGGGCCAGCGUCCCCCUGCCCCCGCCCCCCAUGCACCCCCUCCCAGGCACCGAGCUGGACCACUGCGCCCCACAACACCACGAUGGGGGAGGCUAUCAGACAGACAGCUGGGGUGCCUCCAUGCCUCUGCAGACCUACCUGCACCAGGGCCUGGGGGACGAGCUUGAGGAGGAAGACGAGGAGGAGGGGCACGUGCCGGCUCCACCCCUCAGGGGCGUGGCCCUAUCCGCAGCCUCACUAAGCCCUUCCCCCCACGAGGAGACCCAGUCCAUGCUGCAGGCGCGAUUGGAUGAGCUCACCCGCGCCUAUCAGCUGGACGUGGCCAAUCAGACCUGGCACAUGCAGGCCACCCCACACUCUGUCAGGACCCCGGGGGGGUACGCUCCCGUGACUCUGCUGUCGGAGCUGGAGACCAGCAUGAGGAACGGGGAGGAAGAAGAGGGAAGGGAUGAGCAGGAGGCAGAGGAGGAUGAUGAUGAAGGUUAUGAGAUACUGAGCCAUCUUCGUAAUAUGCAGCACGGGCCAGCGACUGGCCUGGACAGCCAGGACGUCCCUGCAGCAGGUAAAGGCAUCUCACAGCGGCCCCGGCCUGGCCGCACGGGCACGGCGGGCAUGCACAGUUUGGGUCACCAGAGGGUAGCGCACCCGUCCCACCACAUGGGGGCGCAGCUGGACCUGGGGGGCACAGAGCCUCGGCAACGAAACGGCCACGCUGAUGGCCUUCCUUCCCCUCCUGCCCCCCCACCCUGGGAUGUGGAGCCCCAGGACACCCUGGAUAAGUGGGGGCAGAGGCCCAGCCAGGGGGAGUAUGGGGGCUCCCUGCCGAGGGGGGGGCAGUUCUCCCAGCAGGGUCCCGCGGUCCGCUGGCCCCCCCACCGAACCGGCGCCGACCAGUACUGCGGGGAGCUAUAGUGAUGAUCAGAUGACUCACCACUACUAGCCCUGGUGUGACAGACGACUCACCGAUUUGUGCAAUGAACUUUGACCUUAUUCGUGUACCACGGGAAGAACAGAACAAGAAGAAAUAUGUCGACCAGUGUGAGGAAAAAGAAUGAAAGAUGACCCAAUUUACACAAUUUAAAAACACUGUUUUUUCCCCCUGUCCUCACAAGGAAAAUAUCUCACACAUUUCUCCUAAAUCACAUGCUUUGUGAGGACCCAGGCAGAAAUGAAACUGAAGGAAGCAAAAGGGAACAAAUUGUAAAGUUAUGCUCAUUUGAAACAAUGAAUUUCUCUAAAUAUGUAAAUAUUUUUCCUUUUUUUGCUUUACUUUGCAAGCUUUUUUAUGGUCAUUUGUACUUUGUGAAUUAUUGAAAGGUUGUGAUUCCACAAAUACAUUCCGUUUGACAUGUUUUUAUUUACUGUACUAUUAUUAUUAUUAUAAUUAUUAUUAUUAUUACUAUUAUUCAAGGAAUUGUAAGUAAUGGUUAUUGUUCAUUUUGCACAGGGAUUUGUUUGGUUAUAAGCACAAAAACAGCUCUUGCUGACACGGGGAACCAGAAUGGGUUUGGGUUGGUUACCGGGAGUGUCUCUCUGUAUGCACUAUGAUCUAAAUUCUGAGAUACGGCCCAAAUGCAGCGAGAGGCGUUUAGGAAAACAAAGAAAGAAAGAAAGACACUUCCACACCUGAGAAAGAAGAUGAAACGAUGAAAUACUUUACCAGCUGACACAGGGUUUCAGCAGUAAAACUGGAUCCUCAGCUUGGCUAUUUGUGUUCAAUGGCAGUAUUGGGGCUCUAUAGCAGUAUUGGGGGUUCUGUGGAAUCACUACGGUUUCUAAGGGGCCGGGUGGGGA